GCCACUGGAGCUCCUGGCCAGGGUCACUGCUUCCUUGCUUUAUUAGAGGCAGUGCUUCUAGCUUGACAAACUUAAUGUUAUAAUAAAUAACUUUUAUUAAAAGGAAAGCGCGUGGUCGCCAAUCUAGGAGACCAAGCCUGACCCAUUGCUGUUGGCCAGCUGCAUCUGUGCAUUUCUCGCGACCCCUCUUCGAGUCAAGGAAGCCGAGAGGCGGCUGGAAGGCAUCAGUAAGGGAGCGCAGUUGGCAAGUACUGACCCGCGAAAGAUAACGCGGCAAGUCUGCGCCGCGAAACACCGCCUCCGGGCAGUCGCCGGAUUGCUGCCCCAGCGGGAGCCAUCCCGCGAGAAAACAACAGCCCCGGCUCUCUUGAAAGGGUCUGAAGGCCGGUGCUCAGGCCUGCGAAGUCGCCAUCUCACCUCAGCCCACUCCCUCGUCCACUGGCCGGCGAAGAUGUCCGCCAAGCCCCAAGGCAGCUUCGUGAACGAGGCUUCUCGGCAGAUCCUGGCCGGAGGUUCAGCUGGUCUUGUAGAAAUUUGCCUGAUGCACCCCCUCGAUGUGGUGAAAACCAGGUUCCAGAUUCAGAGAGGCAUAACUGAUCCCAACAGUUAUAGAAGCUUAGGAGACAGUUUUCGAACAAUUUUCCGAAAAGAAGGGUUGUUUGGUUUCUACAAGGGAAUUCUGCCACCCAUCUUGGCUGAAACCCCAAAAAGAGCAGUGAAGUUUUUCACCUUUGAGCAAUAUAAGAAAUUGCUAGGAUAUGUGUCACUGUCACCAGCAUUGACAUUUGCCAUUGCUGGAUUGGGGUCUGGACUAACAGAAGCCAUCGUGGUUAACCCUUUUGAGGUAGUAAAAGUUGGCUUGCAAGCCAAUCGGAACUCAUUUGCAGAGCAACCAUCCACUGUAGGUUAUGCAAGAUACAUCAUUAAGAAGGAUGGCUUUGGACUCCAGGGCCUCAACAAAGGACUCACUGCAACCUUGGGACGUCAUGGGGUUUUCAACAUGGUUUAUUUUGGCUUCUACUACAAUGUCAAAAAUAUGAUUCCUGUCAAUAAGGAUCCAACCUUAGAGUUUUUGAGAAAAUUUGGGAUUGGUCUUCUCUCCGGGACAAUAGCCUCAGUCAUUAACAUCCCUUUUGAUGUUGCCAAAAGUAGGAUUCAAGGGCCUCAGCCAGUUCCUGGAGAGAUCAAGUACAGAACCUGUUUUAAAACAAUGGCAACAGUCUAUCAGGAAGAAGGGUUUUUAGCUUUGUACAAAGGCCUGAUUCCCAAGAUUAUGAGACUUGGACCAGGUGGUGCGGUGAUGCUGCUGGUUUAUGAAUACACCUAUUCAUGGCUUCAGGAGAACUGGUGAUUGUGUAUGAAGUGUUUUACCCCUUGAGAUAAUGGGCAAUUGCUAUGUAGCACCAUGAAGCGGAAAGAAUAGAUCAGCUAAGCUAGGCAUUUAAUUAAAAAGGGGAAGACAUUUGCUCCAGAACAAAACAUAUUGUGAUACUUUAAAAAUUAUCUUUAGACAAUUUAAGGUUGAUAAUAAAACUGUGAGAAGAAAAAUAAUAGGAAGCAAUGAGAUGUAAACUGGAUAUAGAACAACAUAAAUCAGAUCUAUUUCAUAAAAGCAAUGCAAGUUUUGUCACAUAAAUUCUUCUUACAUUGCUUCACAAUGAAAAUUCACUGUAUUGAGAAUUAUUUUUUUCUGAGAGGUCGAGAAGUGCUUGAAGUAAAUUCUUGAAAAUGAAUCAUUCUGUGGCCAGUUCAUUAAGAAUUACUCAAAGAAAGACUGGAUAAAAAAUUUUAAGCCAAAAUUUAAAGUUUUUAUAAGGAAUUAAAUUCUUCCAUAAAUAAUAUUUGAAAGUCACAAGGAAAAAUUUUUUAAGUGCACUAAAAUGCCUUUUUUAAUGUUUAUUUUUUAUGAGCGUUACAUUAGAAAUGUAAAUCUUUUGAUUUUCUUUAGUAAUAAUACACAUCUCAGUGAUAUUUUCCUAAAUCUAUUUUAUAUUUCAAACUGUUGUUUAAAGCACAUCAUAUUAGUAAUCAUGAUAUAUGAAGUCUUUUUUUACAAGUGGAAAAUAGGAAAUUAUAUUAAACUACUUCCCUUUGUGUUAGUUGUCUUUGAGGACAAGUUUUAUUGCUGAAACUUUUUCAUGUUAAAUCAUAAAUUGGAAUCCCUCCUUCAGCCCGUUUGUGUGGUCUGCAUUUUCAUCCAAAUGCCUUUGCUCAGAACUCUUACUUAUGCCAUUCUUAAGAAAAAUAUGUAGAGUAAAACUACAUUUCCAGGGUAGUAGUUUUAAGUGACAGCUCAGUUGUGAAGUCUGCUGUCUGCAAUGUUAAAAUAUGUAUUAUGAAGGGGAAAAUGUUUUAAAAUAGAAUUACAUUCUUAGCAUUUUCAAAGAUUUCUGUACUAACAUGCACUCCAAAAAAAAAAAAAAAAUCACACUAGCUUUUAUAUCUGUACUCUGAAAUGAUGCUGCCUCAGUAGCUAAAGUCAACAAAAUAUCUGCAUGUUCCAGAUGACACCUGUUCUUAACUACUACUGUGGGAUAUUUCUACUUUAAGGAUAUUUCAGUUAAGCAUUUUGAAAAUAAAAAGUAAAAGAUAACAUGAUAAUUAUUACAUUUUAUUAAUAUAGAGCAUUUGAAGUAUAAAAAUAAAAGGCUUUUUGACAUACUCUAUAUACAUACA